CGUCGGAUCUUCUCAGAACGUGCGCAGCCUUCACGCGCUGUUACCUGCGCUGACAGAGCAGCGACGGUAAAACGUUUCACCACCGCGAACAGACCUCCAGUCCUCACAGAAACACGGGAGAUAAUUCUGGCUUUAUUGAGCGAUUUAGACACAGAAGACACUUGCUAUAAAACGCAGCGAGGAAGACUUCUGAAAAAAUGCUGCUUGGUUGGUGGCAAUUACUGGGCGGUCACUAGGUCGCAGCUGUCUGUCAAGGCUAACAUGGAAAGAGAGGGCUCAUUCCGGAGGAUUUCGAGGAGUCUCCACAGCAAACUGAGGUUGGGCAGCAGCUCGUCCUCCAGUCUGACUGACCUCUCGCAGGCAAAAAUCCCAGCAGGGGGAGGUGGGGAGAAGGGGGGAACAGCUGGGGGGCUAGCAGAGGAGUGCAGCAAGGACAAAGGGACCCAGCAGAGGAGGGCUGGGGCCAACGCCACCUGGAACAGCAUCCACAAUGCAGUGAUCUCUGUUUUCCAGAGGAAGGAUCUGGGAGAAAAUGAACUCUACACUCUGAAUGAAGGUGUCAGGCAGCUGCUGAAGACGGAGCUGGGCUCCUUCUUCACUGAAUACCUUCAGAACCAGCUGCUCACUAAAGGCAUGGUCAUACUGAGAGACAAGAUCCGCUUCUAUGAAGGUCAGAAGCUGUUGGACUCUCUGGCUGACACAUGGGAUUUCUUCUUCUGUGAUGUUCUGUCCAUGCUGCAGGCCAUCUUCUAUCCUGUACAGGGAAAGGAGCCAUCAGUGCGUCAGCUGGCUCUGCUCCACUUCAGGAACAUCAUUACCCUAAACCUGAAACUGGAUGAGGCUCUCUCUCGACCCCGAGCCAGAGUUCCUCCUUCUAUCAUACAGAUGCUGCUAAUACUACAGGGUGUCCACGAAUCUAAAGGUGCAACAGACGACUACCUGCGUCUGGAGUCUCUCAUCCAGAAGGUGGUCUCUCCCUACCUCGGGACUCAUGGCUUAUAUUCCAGAGAUGGAUCCUCCAAUCUGCACUGCUCCUCCUGCCUAUUAGAAAAGCGUUUGCAGCGCUCCUGGCCCUCCAAACCAGGCAACUCCCCCAUUGCCAAAAAUCCAGUGGUACGGUCGAAAAGCUACAAUGUCCCUAUGUUGACCCCUGUGGUGGAAUAUGACAUGGACUCCUCCAUAGGAGGUGGCACAGGUAUCAGACGACACUCCGUCUGUGAGAUGACUUCCUGUGUGGAGGAGAGCAGCUCUGUGGUCGAAUCCACCACCAACGCAACCGGUACCACCAGCACAUCCAUCCUCGCCAACCACUCCCCAGCUUCCACAGAAUCUGCUGCACUUUCAGACACUGUGACCUCCAGCCAGGAACCCCAGCCCAGAGUUGCUGACAGUCCCGCGGGCUCCCACCCUCUCCAGCCACACCAUCACUCCCCAGGCAUCCUCCCUGAACCUUCCCCAGGUGAGGACACACACGGCAGAGGAUUGCUGGUGUGGGACUCCCCCACGUCUUCCGGAGUGCUGGCUCAGGACACGAGCUCGGGUCCCAGUCCGUCAUCCAGUCUGGAGAUCAUGAUGGAUCACGUCCUGGAGUCUUUGGACUCAGAGCCAGAGCAAGAUGGCAUCUUUGUGGACUUCUCACGAAGUUGUUCUGGAGGGUCAACACACAGCAGAGACAGCAGCAGGCAGACAGGUGCUGUGAGUGGCAGAAAUGAGGAGAAGGUGGCAUGGCCCUUUAAAACCUUGGCAGGAGAGGAAGACCACAAGAAGUUAUGUCCAGCUGUGUGAACAUGAAGAUGCAUCACAGUGCCUGCAGUCUCCUGCCCAGCUUCAUCGUGAAG